CCCGGCGCACUCGGCGUCGUAAUUCGCACACCCGGCGGACGUAGCCACCACCUUGGUGGUCGUGCUUCCGGCGGCCGAGGAGAAUGCCCGCACAUGGACCAGCGACAUCCCCAUGGGGGCCUUGAUUUCGGCGGCUGCAGCCGCGUGCAUGUGCUUGGUCACUGGGGAGAUCGGGCCCCGGGUGGCUGGCGUGCCACGCCCGAGGAGGGGCCAGCCCCGCCAGGCGGCCAUCACCAAUGCCGGCGAGCCCCUCAAACGCGGGGCCCGUCCAACCGCCUUCGAAACCAGCAUCACCGGACGAAAGGAGCCAGGAAAGAGGCCGAGAGGAAAAGCAGGCAAGGAAGGAAAGAGGAGCGAGAGAAGGAGGAAGCAAUGCCCAAUCGGCAGGGCGACCAGCCGACAGGGAUCCUCAUCCUCAAGACUCAUGGCGACACCCCACGAGCGCAGAGCGGCGGGCCAGGGAGAAAGCCGGAAUAGCUGUCCCCCGCCGGACGGGAGGGGGAGCCCAGCAAUGCCUCGCCAGCGGGCCCCGACCGCGCGGACCGGGGCCGGCGAUACCAUCCGUUGGGAGGAACGUUCAGCCUUGUUGGACCGAGAACUUCUCUCGGCCCGUAUCAACCCGUAAUGCGCCGAGUCAGGGAUGAAGGUAAAUGCGCAUAUUCCGAAAUCUGUUUGACGAUGCCUCGAGAAACGGGUUUACCGAUUCACAAGGGAU